CCAGAAGGCACUGCUCGCCGCACGCAAGUUUCCCUCGUUGCUGGGGCUUGUAGUUCUCGUGCGUGUCAGCUGGGAAGGCGAGGUGGGUAAUUGCAUAUCCAGCCGGAGGAUAUUAUAAGGUGUAGUUUUCCAGUUUCUGGCAGAGCAGAAAAACUUUUAGGCUCCUAGGCUGGCUGGGUUCUUCGUCUAACCUGCUGGCUUCUGCUUGACAACGGGUCACAAACAUGUCGGACAAAAGUGAAUUAAAGGCUGAGUUGGAACGGAAGAAGCAGCGAUUGGCCCAAAUCAGAGAGGAAAAGAAGAGAAAAGAAGAAGAAAGGAAAAAAAAAGAAACUGAUCAGAAGAAGGAAGCUGUGGCUCCUGUGCAAGAAGAGUCAGAUCUUGAAAAAAAAAGAAGAGAAGCUGAAGCAUUGCUGCAAAGCAUGGGGCUAACUCCAGAAUCCCCCAUUGUCCCUCCUCCUAUGUCUCCGUCCUCCAAAUCUGUGAGCACGCCAAGUGAAGCUGGAAGCCAAGACUCUGGAGAUGGCGCUGUGGGAUCUAGGACGCUGCAUUGGGAUACAGAUCCAUCAGUUCUUCAGCUUCACUCAGAUUCCGAUUUGGGACGAGGACCUAUUAAACUUGGAAUGGCUAAAAUUACACAAGUUGAUUUUCCUCCUCGAGAAGUCGUCACGUACACAAAGGAAACUCAGACUCCAGUUAUGGCUCAACCCAAAGAAGAUGAAGAGGAGGAAGAUGACGUAGUAGCUCCUAAACCACCUAUUGAACCUGAAGAAGAGAAAACUUUAAAGAAAGAUGAGGAAAACGAUAAUAAAGCUCCCCCUCAUGAGCUGACUGAAGAAGAAAAGCAACAAAUCUUGCACUCUGAGGAAUUUUUAAGUUUCUUUGACCAUUCUACAAGAAUUGUAGAGAGAGCUCUUUCUGAGCAGAUUAACAUCUUCUUUGACUACAGUGGGAGAGAUUUGGAAGACAAAGAAGGAGAGAUUCAAGCAGGUGCUAAACUAUCAUUAAAUCGACAAUUUUUUGAUGAACGUUGGUCAAAGCAUCGAGUUGUUAGUUGUUUGGAUUGGUCAUCUCAGUAUCCAGAGUUACUUGUGGCUUCGUAUAACAACAACGAAGAUGCUCCUCAUGAGCCUGAUGGUGUGGCCCUUGUGUGGAAUAUGAAAUACAAAAAAACUACCCCAGAGUAUGUGUUUCACUGCCAGUCAGCCGUGAUGUCUGCUACAUUUGCAAAAUUUCAUCCAAAUCUUGUUGUUGGUGGUACAUAUUCUGGCCAAAUUGUGCUUUGGGAUAACCGUAGCAAUAAAAGAACUCCAGUGCAAAGAACUCCACUGUCAGCUGCUGCACACACACACCCUGUAUACUGUGUAAAUGUUGUUGGAACACAAAAUGCUCACAAUCUGAUUAGCAUCUCUACUGACGGAAAAAUUUGUUCAUGGAGUCUGGACAUGCUUUCCCAUCCACAGGAUAGCAUGGAGUUGGUUCAUAAACAAUCAAAGGCAGUGGCUGUGACAUCUAUGUCCUUCCCUGUUGGAGAUGUCAACAACUUUGUUGUUGGGAGUGAAGAAGGUUCUGUGUACACAGCAUGCCGCCAUGGCAGCAAAGCUGGAAUCAGUGAGAUGUUUGAGGGACAUCAAGGACCAAUCACUGGCAUCCACUGUCAUGCAGCUGUUGGAGCAGUAGACUUCUCACAUCUUUUUGUCACUUCAUCAUUUGACUGGACAGUAAAACUUUGGACAACUAAGAAUAACAAGCCUUUGUAUUCAUUUGAAGAUAAUUCAGACUAUGUUUAUGAUGUUAUGUGGUCACCCACCCACCCAGCCCUAUUUGCCUGUGUGGAUGGCAUGGGGAGACUGGAUUUGUGGAAUCUCAAUAAUGACACAGAGGUACCAACUGCCAGCAUUUCUGUGGAGGGUAAUCCUGCUCUUAAUCGUGUAAGAUGGACCCAUUCUGGAAGAGAGAUUGCUGUGGGUGAUUCUGAAGGACAGAUUGUUAUAUAUGAUGUAGGAGAGCAGAUUGCUGUUCCCCGCAGUGAUGAAUGGGCACGGUUUGGCCGAACACUCGCAGAAAUUAAUGCAAACCGAGCUGAUGCAGAAGAGGAAGCAGCUACCCGAAUACCUGCUUAGUUCCCGAAAAGGGGAGUGUAGCUUUAGUGGAAUUGGAGAGAUUCUUAAGUAGAUCCUAAGACUAUUUGCAUGCUUCUGUCUAAAUAAUAAUUAAAAGGAAAUUUCAUGGAUUAAACUGUGGAUUUAAUGCUGCAAGGAAAUCUUACAAUGUCCCUUUUUAUAUAACAUGUAUCUUGUUUUGGAUUUGUGUCAUUUUUAAUACAGCUGAUUGACUUUACAGAAUGCAGCUUUUUCAGAAUUCUAAUACACAGGUGUAUAUUUGGUAUUAGCUAUUCUUUUGAAAUCUUUUCAACUUAUAACACUAUAUACAGUUAUUUCUAAAGCACAGAUUAAAUAAGUUCUGCAUAUUUUUAAAUAAUCACAAUUCCCUGUUAUAUUGGUAAUGUUCUCACCAACAAUAUGUAGGAACAUUGUUUAUUCUUAGCCAUAGCAUGCAUAUACCUAUCCAAGUUCCAUUCUAACAUCUUUUGUCUUCUUUAUAAUUCAUGUGGUGUAGUUAUCUAUAAAUAAAAACAAAUUUAUGUGUUAACUUUU